AUGUGGGUGGACCCCGGCUUCGUCUGCGGAGUCCGCCACGAGCCCGCGCUCGCGGGAUGCGUCAUAGCGGCUCUCGCGGUUCGUGGCGGGGGUGCCCGUCCUCACUCGGCACUGCUGCUCUUCGUGGCUGUAGAAUCCACCGACAGCAGGAAGGAGCCUGCCCACGCUCCUGUCCCGAUGAGCGAACUGGGUCCUGGGUGCGGGCGGGUCCCACAGCCCUGGGACGUGGGCUCAGUGGCCCAGGCCGGGGAGGGGCUGUCCCUUGGGGACCUGACCGUGGCCUCGCUUUCUUUUCUAAAGGUGAUCAGGGUGACCGGCUUCCUGAAGGGCCUCUACACGGACGCUGAGAUGAAGUCGGAUAACGUGAAGGAUAAAGACGCAAAAAUUAGCUUCCUUCAGAAGGCCAUAGACGUGGUAGUCAUGGUGACAGGAGAGCCACUGUCAGCAAAACCAGCCCGGAUCGUGGCCGGGCACGAGCCCGAGAGGACAAACGAGCUGCUGCAGAGGAUCGGGAAGUGCUGCCUCCACAAGCUGUCCAGCGACGACGCGGUGAAGAGAGUGUUGGCUGGAGAGAAAGGCGACGUGAAGGGAAGGACCUCACUGCCCGCGAAACCUCAGGAGCCGGACAACAGGAAUGCGAGAGAUGAGGGGCCCAGGGCCCCCAGAGAGAAGGAGGAUAGAAAAAACUCUGAAAAAAACGAGAGAAGCACGAGCAGAGAUGGAAGACAGAAAGAAGAAGCGAGAGAAGAAAGCGAGCCGAGAGACAAGGAGAGAGACAAGGAGAGGGCCAGGGAGAAUGGCCGCGACCGGCACAAAGACCCCGAGAGAGACAGAGCCAAGGCCAGGGCCAGGCAGGACAAGGACAAGGACAGGGACAGGGACAGGGACAGGGGCAACAGGGAGCGGGGCAGAGACUCGGAGCGCGAGAGAGAGAGGAAGCACGAGGCCUCCAAGGAGAAGGAGCGCGAGCGGGACAAGGGCAGGGACAGGGACAGGGACAGGCGGAAGGCGAGAAACGGGGAGCACUCCCGCAACCCCGACAGGGAGAAGAGCAGAGAGCACGAGAGACCGGAGAAGUCAUCAAGCUCGGGGGAGAUGUCUAAAAAGUUGUCAGAUGGAUCGCUUAAAGACUCCAAAGCUGAAACAGAGACCGAGGUUCCCACUAGAGCCUCCAGGGCGGUGACGACGAAGACGGCGAAACGGCGGUCCAAAGCCUCGUUGGAAGGUGACUCUCCAAGUGAUGCAGAAGGAGAAGUGGGGCCGGUCGGCCAGGAUCGGGUCGAGGCGUCUGAAAGCCCCGCAGCCCCCCGCCAGCCCCCGCCCAGCAUCAGCAGGGUGCCUCGGCCUGGGAGCGCGAGGCCCGCGCCCCCGCGGGUGAAGCGGCAGGACAGCGUGGAGGUGUUGGCGGCAGACAGGGCGGGCCGUGGGGAAGCCAUCUCCCACGUGAUCGCGGACUCCCAGAAUUCUGACAGUGACGAUGACGGCCAGUUCGUGGUGGAGGCCGCUCCGCCGCCGUCUGAGGUGGCCGGACUUGAAGUGGUCCAGGCAGCGGAGCUGGAAGACGACCAGAAGCACGGGGGGCUUGUCAAAAAGAUUUUGGAGACCAAGAAGGACUAUGAGAAGUUGCAGCUGUCGCCCAGACCUGGAGAGAAGGAGAGGUCGCUCGUCUUCGAGUCCACGUGGAAGAAGGAGACAGACAUCGUGGCCAAGGAGAUAGAGAAGCUCCGCACGUCCAUCCAGACCCUGUGCAAGAGCGCGCUUCCCCUGGGCAAGGUCAUGGACUACCUGCAGGAGGACGUGGACGCCAUGCAGCACGAGCUGCAGCUGUGGCAGAGCGAGAGCCAGCAGCACGCCGACGCCCUGCAGACGGAGCAGAGCAUCACGGACUGCGCCGUGGAGCCCCUGAAGGCAGAGCUGGCGGAGCUGGAGCAGCUGAUCCGAGACCAGCAGGACAAGAUCUGCGCCGUGAAGGCCAACAUCCUGAAGAAUGAGGAGAAGAUUCAGAAGAUGGUGCACAGCAUCAACCUAAGUGCCAGGAGGUGAAAGUUCACAGGCUUCGUCCUCAGUUUGACAAUAAAAGGGAGUCUAGAACGUGGUUGCCCGAACUCUCACUUUGCUAAGGAAGUGAACGCUUAACGCUGUCGCCCCGCUGGUCGUCAGGGCUUUAGAACUGUGGGCGCAUUCGGUGUGUGAGAAAGACCGUGUUUUCUUAACCCCGCUCCCGCCAGAACGCCCGCUGGCUGUAAGUGGCUCUCCAGAUGCCUGCGCCAGCCGCUUCCCUGCCAGCCCGUGCCGUGCGCUUCGGCGCCAGCCCGGUGUGCCCGCUUCGGUGCCGGGAUUGUCCCGCAGGCAGGGGGUGGCCGCACACCGGGGCCAUCGGUGGUCGCUGAUUUCAGGGUUCAGGGCUAGCGACAGGACUUCGUAAGUCAAGCGCAGAGUGGAGGGCGACGGUGCUUCUCGAUAGCACUUCACAGUGGAGUGGGGCCCAGACGGCAAUGGAUUGCGUUUUCGGUUCGUGUCCGCUGGAAAGGGUGAAGUCGGCCUGUGCCUGACGAAGGAGCAGGUGGACCUUUUCUUCCACCCCUUCGUAACGGCUCACACUUCUGCAUGGGAUUCCCGUUUGCUCGAGUCUCCAGCCCGCAAAGUUCGUAAAUUUAAAAAGGUUUCCUGUGGCCCUCGUGGCAUCGUCUGGGCGUGGGAUUGUCACAGGCCGUCCUGCCUGUCUUCAGCGUGGCCGUCCCUCUCCAUGUGGACGCCGGUGUGGCUCUGCAGGGGUCCCCGUUCUCCCUAGGAAGGGGGCUGGCUUUCCGCAGCGCCGGCCCCAGGCGCUGCGCACAGGUGUGGGCCCCGGUGCGUCCGAGAGACUGAGACGGGGAGACCGGAGGACGCACCAUUUUACAAACAUUUUUCGAUGUUGACAUUUUGGGGGGAAAAUUAUUUUUUAAAGCAAAGAUUUUUAAAACAUGGUUCAUAUUUAGUUUUUCACGCACAUAGAAUACUGUAAAUACUUAGGUCCCAGAGUCUGUGCACAAAGGACUUUGCCAUUUGGAGACAGGCUUACGGUGUCAAGGUGGGUCCUGGGGGUUUAUUUCUAGACACUGUAUUUAUUGUGCAGUUUCAAGCAUUAGAGUUGCUGGGGGGGGCAGGGGAGGGGACGGUGUUUCUUUAAGGAUUAGCGCAAACGGCAGUUUCAUUUUCCCCAGCGUAAUUUCCAAAAUAAAUCUUUUACUAAGGUAGCUUUGUGAUUUUCUAAGCUGAAUAAGUUCAAGAUCAGAUUAUUAAGAUCUACCAGUUAGAAACGUGUCUUUCUCUCCAUAGUUCACCGUAAAAUUCUGCUGGAUCACAUUACACUAGACACGUUAUUGGAGGAGAGGAGGCGUGUCAGUGAACGGGUCUUUCACAUACUUAAAAUCUUUUUUCGACCGAAUCGAAUGACUUAGGCACAUCCCUAAAUGGACUGUUUUGCUUCAAGUUAAGAUGCCUGCCUUUUGUGAAUUUGUAUACGUGACUAGGAUUUUUGCAUUGCAAAAAAUUACAUACGUUGUAUGUGGGUAAAAUUUUGUAUGAAGUAGUCUUUCAAAUUGUAACAUAAAAUUUAUUUUUUUAAACACAUAAAUCAUUAAAAAUAAUCACAUAUUUUUUCUAUAAGUGUAUGGGUUGUGCAAUUCAGUUCACACCUGGAAAAAAUUUUAUAAGCGUUAAGAUUUUUUUAUUUUCAAAUAUUUGCAUUUUGGUUUUUUUUAAAGAAAGUUCAGGAAAAUUUAUUUUUUUCAUUCAUAUUGGGACACAUCUCUUUUCUGUAUAAAUUGAAGGGUUGUAAGACAGAUAAGCAUUUAUCAGAAAUUUUAAGAUCAUGAAGUUUUUGAAAGUUUUCUGCAUGUGAUUAUUACUGUACCUUAUAGAUGAAUUAAAUCCUGUUGUUAUUUAUUAUUUUGAUAAAAUACACAAAAUGGAAUUAUAAAUAUUAUUAAAUGUUUUCUCUAC